AUGUCACAGAAACCAACCAGUGUUGUUGUCUCAGGUUUUAUAGGUGGAUCGAGAGAUGCUGAGAAAGUCUCUCCUUUGCUGCUAUCUUGGUUUCCAGAAAAUGGGUUUCAGAGUGAAGAUGUGAUGUGGGAUUACAUCACCGCGGGGAAUGAAACCCCAAUUUUGCAACGUGACGGACGGACAUCUGAACCUAAAAUGAAGAAUGGGUCUGUCCUGUUGCAGGAAUUGGAUCUGUUGGAAGAAAGUCAUAUCUAUCAGGGGUCUGUAAGGCGACAGGAAAUGACUGAAAAACUGCGAACACCACAAAUCGUUCAGGAACCUGACCAUAUAAUCAAUCACGUUUGGUUGAGGUGCAUUGUGAGGCAAGCAAAAGCAAGUAGCAUCAGUUGGCGGAAAGAUAACAAAGAAUGGAACAGAUGGAAUAGCAGUGUAUCCUUUGGAAACCACACGCUGUUCAUUCAGGACAUGGAAGUCACAGAUUGCGGUGUGUAUACCUGCAUUGUGAAAAACGAGGUCAGCACUAGCAGCAACUCACACGUGCUAGCAGCAGACGAGACUCUCUUCAUUCUAGUUGCUGUUUUAUUCAUCUCUGUUGUGGCUCUGGCUAGCAGUUUGACCUCCUUCGUUGGAGAAGCUAUCAUAAUCAUUGCCAUGAAGAAACUCUCAGGUCCAAACCAGCAGAGGGAACUUACAGCCAUUUUUGUGGCAUUUCAACUUGUGUCCAUCACCUGCCUGUUGAUUGCAAGUGUUCUGGCUGUAUUUGAGUCAGAACAGCUGGAAAGGCUGUCAGAAAUCACAGGUUCUCCCCCUCCCUCUAACGUUGACGAAGCAUCAGAGUUCGAGAUGGAUGCAGCCGAUAUUAUAUCUCGAUACCAGUACCACCAGAAGAAGAGAACAAAUUCCUUCCGAGACACACCAGGGCAAGAGACUGGUUACGGUCUGGUACAUGUACACAUCUCAGAGUCAGAGGAACGGGAUCUAAUGCGAAAACACCCCAGGAGAAGCUCCAAGAAAAAGAACAGGCCUAUGUCUCCAGACUUGGGGGUGAGUGGGAAUGUACUGAUUGGAAAUUGA